AUGCAGACAGUUGGCCUCUUCCUCGAGCCUCUGCCCAUUCGGAUUGCUUUCUGCGACUCUGUUGGCGAUCAAGGUGGUGGUGCCAUUUCUACCUGGCCAGUCUCGUGCAGCGAAUACGUUGGCGCCGUGCAGUCGUUGGCCCAAAGGGCGCUGUCUCACGCGAUCCCAUGGCGUCGGCUGCUAGGACACCUCGGCAUCAAGCCGGACGAGCUACUCCCCGAUCACCCGCUGUUCGACUGCGUUGUCUCUUUCCACGACAUGUGUUCCACAGAACAAUCAGGAAGCGGAGCUUGGAAUCAGUUGACCGUAGGACCGGGGGUACAGCCGCAACUGGUCUGGAGUGAGGGUUCCAAGUUCAAGCUGAUGGUCGAGUUCACCGCCAUCAGCGAAGCCACGCUGAUUCUCCGGCUUGAAUACGACGACAGCUGCUACGAGGGCGCGGCACACAUUGCGGCCGUCCGGCGGAUGAUCCUGCGAGUCCUCGAGGCGGCCAUCACGGCGGGCGGGGGCGACGAGCGGUCAUUCGAGGACCUGCGCGAAGACAUGAAGCGAGAGUGGCAGGUGGAGGAGGCCAGCGGAUUUGUCACUGAGAGCAGCUGCGGUGACGAGGCAAGAUUCGUAGCUGGCACGGACGGUUUAUUUCAGGCCUCUUUGGCGAACCUAGGAGAAGAAUUCAGUUGUUCUCCGAGAAUAUCGUAACCACCGACCUACCUUAGGUAUCAACAUUGCGAUACACUUGGUUUCUGGACAAGGUUGCAUUGCAAUGGCG